ACAGCGAUAGAGAAUGUGCGGGCGGUGUGGUGCUGUGCUGGUGCACGACGCGCCGGGUUGACUUGCUCUCGCCUACCUUUUUUCGCUCUCGUCCAAUGUUCCUUUCGCUCACCUCUCAGCGCGUACGGUUUGGUUGGUACAUAACGAGUAAAUAAGCCGCGUCGCGUCACAUAUGCAUGCAGGAGACGGUCGAAAAGAGCACCCGGCUGGACGGUAAAAACAUGUGCUUCCUUUCCGACUAUCGUUGGUGAGAGUGGUGAGAGGAACCGAUAGUAAGCUUAGGUGGCUUCAGUCGAAUCCAACAACAAAAAAUACGCGUCGCAAACGUUGGCCGGAUUCGCUUUCAAGUGACGGAUUUGCUUCGUUGUCGUUUUUACUUGCGGUGCUAUGAAUACUCUUCGCUCAACCUCUUGAUUUUUCGCUCUCUUUCUACGGUAUUGAUUCGACCGUCGGUAAAGCGCUACAAAUACUAUGAUAAUAUUUCGUCGCUUGAGCUAUGUAAUAAAAUUUUUAUUUCGUGUGAGUUCAGUUCCAAUUCGUGACCAGUACGUUCUAGAAGCGUUUCAUCGUUGAUGAAAAAUCAGACAUUCUGAUUUGAGAGAGAUGACUUCUAUAAUCCAAACUUCAGCGUUUGACGAAGUUCUCAGCGCGCCAUUGUCGUGGUCCCGUGGAUCGGUAAAGCAGAUCGUCGUCAGUCGGAGCAAGAGGCGCUUGCGUCCUCGCUUCGGUACGAAACAGAACCGAAAGCUCAUCGAUCGUCGUGAGUUGCUCGGGCAACUCGACGCUUGUUAUGAGGAACUGUCGGUUGCGAUAAUGGCAGAGCUUGAUGAACGAGAACGCAUUAAUCGCGAGCUUCGCGAAAAGGUCCACAUCAUGUUGGACAAUGCACGGGGGCUGAUAGUCAGCUUCCAGGGACCACAAGAGCGAAGGAUACUGCUCAACACGCAGUACGAUAAAUUCGAAGGCAUUUGCAGUGACCGCACUAAAAGGUUGCGGACAAACACUCUGCAGAAUCUUAUCAAAUUUGUGGGCAAUUUGAUCAAGCUAGCUGGCGGAACCGUUGAGGAUGAACCGAUGGCUGUGGUGGAGCAAACGACACCGACGGCGAGCUUAGCGCAGAUUGCUCCCAAGCAAGAAGCCAUGGAUGUAUCAGAGAAGGAAGCUGAACCCGUCUCGACGAAUACUUCCACCAAUGUUCAAACCGUUCCCAUCGUGACUCCAACGCCGGAGAAAACCAAAGAAAAAUCAAUCGUCAUAGAGGUUCCACCCGUGAAAGCACCGAUCGUGUCGCCUGUACCAGCUCAACAGGUGACAGCUAAGGAAACUGUCGUAGAUGCUGUCAAGAAGAGUCCGCAACCUACCAUUGCAUCUCCUCCGAAAGCAGCAAGUGAAUCAACAGUACCCGAUACCUCAAAAAGUAAAAUAAUGCCCGAAAAAAUUAUUGUAAAGGAGGUGAUUUCGGAAGAGGCGAAAAUGAGACAGAAGCCGCAGAUCCCAUGGAGAACUCCUACCAGGUUGGAACCAUUGCGGAUAAAUAACAAGCAAGCAAAUGAGAAACCUAAAGAAAAGUCAAAAGAAAAACAGACGCAACCGGCUAAGACGCCAAUCGACCACUUCGUGAAACCCAUCGAAAACGCCAAGGAACCUGAGAGAUUGGCUCUGAAGUAUAAGACCAAGAUAAAGAAACGGCCAGCAGAAGAACCGCCCAACAACGACAUACUGUUCAAGAAGCCAACCCUUCCCAGCGAAGCAUUGUUCCAAAGGCGCCAUCAACUGGCACCGGUAGUAUCCCGCACUAACCACAGGGAUCCAAGGACAUAUGGGGAAUAUUGCCGUAUGAAUCAGCAAAGGUUUGAGAAUCAAAACCAUCAAUACUUCAAAAAUCGACCACACGCACCUCCUUCUUUCGAGAAACCGGCGGCUACAGCGUACAAGUUCGUACCUCCUGCUCCCGUACUUCAUUCGAAUCCUCUUCUGCCUCGUUCGUCCCAGCGGCCGGCAACCGCAACUCGUCCAUUUGCUCCACCAUCUGCAACCGCUCCUCCAAACCAGCAAGUUACUCCAAGAGCAUCCGUACAUCCAACAACUCGACCACCAGCUCCGUCGGUUGCUCCAGUCGCUCCAGUAAGUGCUGCUCCGAAACCCGCCGCACCCAAAGCGGAUGCCAGGAAAACCAAUCCCGUGUUUUCGAAGGACGAACCGAUUCCUCUCGGCAAGAAGGAAGCUCCCAAAAAACCGACGAUCAUGGCAAAACCUGCUCCGGCGGCGACGGUUCCUGAGAAACCGCAAGAAGAGCUCAAAAAGGAUGACACUACAGCGAAAACUAGCGAUAAGCAAGCGGCGCAACAGGACAAAAAAGUGGAGGUUUCAAAGGAGAAGGAUCUGCAGAAGAAUAUUAUGGAUCUGUUGAAGGAGAUUGGUGAUGAGGAGAAAGUCAAACAGAUUCUCGAUGUGAUGAACAAGAAAUCCGAUGACGAAUCGGAAGACAAGAAGAAAAACAAGAAAGAAGGCAACAGCGAAAAAGAAACCAUUAAAGAAGCAGAGGUGGCUAAAGAAAGUGCUGUAAAGAAAGAUGAAGCAACUACCAAAGGUAAGAGAGGUCGAAAGUACAAACGAAUUCUUUCCAAGCCGGAGGUUGAUUCUUCAUCAGAAGAUGAGACGGGCAAGAAGGACGAGGGAAACAAGAAGGAGAAACCGAAAAAGCGAACUUCCGGGGGAAGCCGGGAGGUAAGCGCUCUGAUAGAAGAUGUUUCCGACUGGAUAUCCAAGGGAGCUGAGACAACGCACUACACCCGCCGGAGGGGAGCCAUCAUUCAACCCACAUCGGUCAUUACGGAUAGUCCACCACCGAAACAAACGAAGGGCCGUAGAUCGAACGAAGAAAUCCGAUCGGAUGAUGAAAUCGUGUCGGAUGACGCCAAAAAGCAGCCUACGGAAGAUGAAGAUUCGUUGCUUACCGUUACGAAAUCGCCUCCUGCGCCGAAGGGCAGACAGAAGAACAAGGAGGGCAGCUUCGUUUACAACGACAAAGCAUCGAUUCAUUACAAUAGCAAUUAUUCGAGCAAUUGUGCCCUUUGUUCGUUCAACGGUUCGGCCAUUGUGGAUCACUACGUGUACGAACACAAGCAGUAUGAAGUGUUUGUGAGUCGAGUUUCACCUAAGAUGGCGGAAAUCAUCCGAAAGGAUUUGUUCCUCACCAACGGUUCAGUCAUAAACGAAGGCAGCGAAGAUGAAAAGAUCAAAUUCAAGUGCUACUUCUGCUUGACAUGGAAGGAGUUGAGCCGCGCCGGGUGGAUUGACCACAUGGCUGCUCAUACCGGUGAAUACCGUUAUCGUUGCACCAGUUGUCCCGUGAUGUCCAAGACUCAGGAACUGGAAAGCUGCUUCUAUCACGAGAAGACAUGUCUUAAACCAACGCUGGCACUGUACAACAACAUCGAGUUCCAAGACAAUCACAUCUACGGAUUUAUCUGUAACGCCUGCAAUUAUAUCCAAGUCCGCCGUGUCAAUAUGGAGCGCCACCUGAAGCGGGAGCAUCCAUCAUCGGAUGUCACCUGCAGUCGGUUCAGUAUCGUUAACUACAAAAUCGAUGCCAAACCAAUAAUCGACGAAGACCAGAUAAUGGCGGACCUCGACUCCACGCCUCCACCGACCGUUAUGAUCCCACUACAUCCCAAGACGGAACAGAUGGAACCUUGUGAAAUCGUUAAUCAACCAUUCACCGAGGAUGAUGAGGAAAUGGCUGAAGCCGAAUGUCUACCACCUCUUCCACCGUUGGCUCCUUUACGACGACGCACCGAUAUUCGUUUGGAGUCGGUUCACAUCGGACCGGCCGGAGUGCCGAACGACUUCGGCCAUCGACCGUUUUCAUUCAAGAUGGAGCAAGAACUCCAGGGCAGCCAGAUUUCGUCCAGCUACGAAUCUCCCAUGUCUCCGGAGCCUAUUUAUGCGGGAAUACCAUCAUCGGAAGCAGAAGCGGUAGUGCCAAUAAUCCAGAUUCAAUCGGUUCAAGGUGGAUUCGAUCUGGAGAGGGUGCUAUUCAAACAUGAUAAGGAUACCGAGUACGAUUCCGAUGCCAGCGAUAAGACCACGGACUUCAAUAUGUCCGAUGGAGUCGAAGGAGAAAAUGGAGAGAGUGCUAGCGACAAGAGUGGCAGCAGCGGAAAUCAGCAAGGAGAGGGAGGUUCCGGAUCGGCUGCGUCCAGUGGAAAUGGCGGAAGUGGAACUGCUCAAUCAGGGGGCGGAUCUAGCACCGGGGGAUCAGCUGGAGCUGGAGGAAGCGGCGGCGACGACGGCGACGAUCGUAGAAAUAAUGAAUUCCCACUGCCAUUCAGCAUCAAGGUGGAAAAAGAUGAGGAGGAAAAGAAGAAAGAAGAAGAAUUGUCGACGAUUCCGGAAAAUGUUGUUAUUAAAACCGAAAAACCGGACGUUGAUGAUCCAGUGGAUCCACCUUCGGCUCAAGGGGACUUCAAUUUCAUUGAGCUAGUUUUGGACAGUACCCGAAUCGAGCACGUGGCGUACGUGGAGCAUCAGUCCGAAAUCUUGUUUCUGUGUCUGGUGCCUCAUUGUCAGUAUAUAUCGAAGAUCUCUCAGGAUUUUGCUGCCCACGUCAGUCGAAAGCAUGGCACCACCAUAUGGGAUGGCUAUUGUCAUCCUUGCCAGGCUCAGAUCGUAAUCGCGGAAAACUGCACGAUCAACAACGAACUGGUGCAUCUUAUGGAUAUUCAUGCAAGAAGGAAAACACCAACGGCAGAAAUACCUGUAGCCAGUGCUCCCAAUGUGCUUCGGAUCCGACGCAUUCCGGGUGAUACGCUUUCGAAGGACCCGCCUCCUCUGGCACCGAUCAUGCCGACAUCCGGUGCCAUCAUAGCCGGAAACUCCGGCAUGUCGAUGGGGACGAGCCCGCUCAUCAUAACGUCGGCAAGUUCGAUUUCGCCGGUAGUUAGUAUCGCUGGCAACACUAUCAUAACGCCGACGCACACGAUACCGGCUCAGAUUAGACCGGUUAUACAGCAGGGAACGAUGACAAGUGUCAUGGCUACUGCGUCUCAGCCUCCUGCGUUGGCCCCCGUUACCAUGACGACCAGUGGCAAUGCAAGUUCCAACUCGACCGUUUCAGCCAUGGCCAACCUAAAGCUCAGCACGGUCCGGCUGAAACCCUGGACGAACAUGGUCACGACCAAGAACCAGGAACACUGCCGCAGCAUGCUCGAGGAGAAGUCACUCAUGUGUCUGUACAAAUGUAUGUCCAGGUCGUGUGCGUUCACGACGAACAACAGGUUCUUCAUCGAGCAACAUUUGCAGUUGCACGAGAAUCUCUACUGCAGCAACACAAACACUCGAAAGUGUUGGUUGGAAUGCGCCUACUGCGACAUCAUUGCCUCCAACAACAACGUCCUGCUGGCGCACAUUGACGCCGAACAUGCCACCUGUGGGUUCCAAUGUAAUCUGUGCUUCUACCGAAGCCGAGACCCGACCAACGUGGUCGUCCAUCAGAAAACGUACCACCCGCUGGGAAACGUGCAGAAGCGGAUACUCAUUAUGCCGGACCACCUAAAGAGCUUCGGCGAUGACGAAUGGAGAGCGAUGCAGGAAUCGCUUCGGAAGAAUGUCCUUCCGCUCCACUGCACCAUAUGCAAGGAAUCGUUCUACAUCCUGUCGGCGUACAUGACCCAUCUGAUGGGCCAUGAACAUGCGAUGGUUCCCUGUCAGGUGUGCAACAUGACGGUGGAAAAGAAGAGCAUGGCCCGGCAUCUGCUGUUGCAUUCGAUCGGACUGUACGAAUGCGUCUAUUGUUUGUUCGGUGCCAAUACCAAAUCUACGAUGGCCCUGCACGUCAGCAAUGCCCACAGUUCGAAGCCACUGUACUGCUGCGUGCGCUACAAUAAGAAGAGACCAGAUGGAGUGGACUAUCCCCCGAACAAAAUUGAGUCGAUGGAGCUGAAAACCAUGAGUUGCACGGUGUCUCCCGAUUUGUUCAAGAGAUGCAACUAUACUCCCGAGCAGUUGAAUUUCAAGCCGAUCGGUCUUGAGGUAAACCAAACGAUGGCUUACCCAAACUGCGAACCACCGGUAGUGACCAAGAUUCUUUCCAGUGCAAUUGCUACACCUGCCGCAGCUCAGCCGGGUUCAUCUACGGCAUCGGGUCCAGCGUCGAACAUUCAGAUUCAAAUCACAGAUGAAGCAGGUCGUCCCUUGAUUAUAUCCAUUCCGGUUCAGAAUGCCAAACCGCCACCGGCAUUGACCCCAGCUCCAGUUGCGGCUCCAGCACCGGGACCAUUACCCACUGUACCCACGAAUACCACUCCUCAGCCACUACCCAUCCAAAUGCCGAUGAUCAGUUCGGUCCAGGGUGGGGUUCAGAGUCUCGUUCCUCAAACUCCGGCACCGCUUCCUGUGAUCAGCAGUGUGCAUGGCAUGGCCAACCUGCCUCCUCUAACGGCCAUUCCACGUAAUGACGGUUUGCCGGUGAUAAGCUGCGUUCAAAGCGUGGCGCAACUUCCACCGGAAGCGCCUACGGCUCCACCUGCCACUACGCUUGUUCCGAAACCGCCCAGUAUGAUGACCAUCACCUCCACUAGCGGAGGUGCGAUCACUUUACCGAAUAUACCCGGUAUUACGAUCACUGCUAAAACGGUGACCCCGGCCGCAGGAAACAAUACAACAACGACUCCGAUAAUCACAAAUGUCCAGUCUAUGGCCCCGGCUACACUCCAAAAACUUCCCACGAAACCCCAGCCUCCGGCGCAAGUCGCAGCAUCGCCAAUCGCACAGCUACAAGAGAUGGUCUCGAGCACCACCGUAUCAUCAACUUCAGCACCAGCACCGGAGCCUAAGUCGGACAUGUACGCCACUACGGUGGCCGAAGCGGACACCCAAUCGAACAACGGCAGCAAUGGCAACGCGGUCGAAUCCGACGAUGAGUCCCGUUCUCAACCUCGCUCGGAACGCAGCAAAUCGAAUACCCCGGUCCCGUCACCAUCACCAGCUGUCACCAGUAAGGAACCAUCGUCGAUGGCAAAGAAGUUUGCCAGUACCACCCAAAUCCGUAUCGAUUUCCUCUUCAAGGGUACUAUCGACAAGUUCGACCGGUUGGAGAAAAAGGUCAGUAAAAUGAUUGAGCAUACCGGGUUCUACGGAACGGCGUUGAAUAUCUGCGGGGUGGAGGAGUGUCAAAGCAAAUUUAGCGACCCAGUUAAGCUGAAUCUGCACCUGUUGAAAUUCCACAAUCUGUCCAACUAUAAUUGCUAUCACUGCACGAGUCGGUUCAAAACAGCCCAUGAGCUGAUUACCCACGUGAAAACCCAUGGACGGCAUCGUUAUUUGUGCUUUUUGUGCGACAAGAAGAGCCACUUCCUGAAGAUGAUGAUCCUGCACGUUCAGCACGAUCACAACAGUACGGACGUUAUCCUAACUUAUCUGCAUCCGAAGAAACGAGACAUCCACAACGAUCUGGUGGUGAUUUGUCCGCAGAGCGUGACCAGCGGACAACUACAAGACUACGUGAGCAAUGUGCUCAAGGAUGACGAGGGAACGAGCGAGAAAAAGCGAUUCGCUCCGAACGAGGUUGAUCAGCUUCCGGCGGAGGAAAUAUUCGCUGAAGAUAUGUUCUGCUCCAGUUGUGACUAUGCGACAAAGCUGAGGAAAAAUUUGAAGCGUCAUCUGGAGAAGGCUCACGAAGCGUCUCCCGUUGCGAGCUCGCAAGCACUUACGGAACCCAUAUCCAUUGAGGUAUCCGACGUGCCGGUGGAACCCACAUUCAUUGUUGCGAGCCGGGAAGUGUCUUCGGCCCCGCAUAUUCCUCAGCGAGUGGAACCCAUUAAGCUGUAUCAGUGUGGUCUAUGCCAGUUCACUUGUCCGCCGGUGUUCUCCGACCUGCGAACCCACCUGUACCGGACUCAUAGACACGAAAACCAUUAUAAAUGUGCUCAUUGUAGCGCCACUCUCAGCGAUGGAUUCAUGUGUAUCGAUAAAAUAGCGAAUCACUUGAAGUUGCAUGGUGACAAUCUGUACAAAUGCAACCACUACGCAGAUUGUGAGUACUACCGGGAGGAAAAGCAUCUGGUCUUGGCCCACAUCAAACAGAGCCAUGGUAACGUGGGAGCGGUGCUGAUUCUCCGCGAAUCCAAUGCCACCGUUAGUGCGGAAUGGCAAUGCGAUCUGUGUGAAACGAUUCGUCCGACCAAGGAGGAAAUGAUAGCGCACAUGGUAGACGAUCAUAAGCUAACCGACAAGCAGUUCAAAUGUUCCUACUGUUCGUACAAAUCUUCGGAUAAUGAUUCUUUCAAGUCUCACUUUACGACCAAUCAUCCUAAUAGAGAACUCCUCAUAAUAUCCCUGUUUCAUGAGAUGCCACCCAAGGUUAUCACGGUAAGUUCGGGGCUUACACCAAACCCGGAGCAACCCGUAAGUGUAGAGAAGAAAUUCAGCUGUGGAAUCGAGUCUUGUUCGUUCGCAUCGGCCAAGGAAAUGGAAACCAAGGAACACUUCCUCGAACAGCACCCCGAACAAACUCUGGUCGUGUACGAUGAUUCCGGCAUCGAAAAAGAGAAACGGAAGCAAUUCGACUAUUUCGUGAAGUAUGUUUGCAACUUUUGCCAGGAGAAGUGUGAUCUAAUUGACGACAUUGUGCAGCACUGGAGCAAGCUGCACAAAGCAGAGAAAAAGCUCCUAAUGUUCAAACUGUUCAAACUUGUUCGUUGCUUCUAUUGCGAUCAGCUAUCGACGUAUUACGACUUAAAAGGGCACUCGGAAACCAGCCAUCCCGGUCAAAUUCUGGCCUGCGUCGAUCAUCAGAAUGCUUUUAAAUGUGGCGAGUGCCCCCAUGUGGUUACCGGUGAGAAAACCGAUUUGCUCAAACAUUUCAAAACCUAUCACAGCACUAGCAAAUGCGAAGAUCCUUGCGACUACAUGGACGACGAGUUCCUGCACAGAAUGCUCGAGCAGAACAACACCCUCUACACAUGUAACCACUGCAAGAUAACGUAUGAAAGCCGCUACGAGUACGAGAAUCAUAUCGACAUCUGCGCCUUUGCCGGGGAAGCCAGCAGUUUCACUCCAACUUCCAAGUCGGUACGGAUUCGUUACAUUUGCAGUUGUUGCCCGGAAAUGUUCCCCAACGAGUACAAGAUCGCCAAGCAUAUGAGAACACACAUCGCCCAGUACAACUGUCGUUAUUGCAAGCGAGAGUUCAAGCAUCUCGGCCAGCUCAACGAACAUCAGAUGCUGUUGCAUGAUGCCCGCGAUAGCGACUUUGUGCUCAAAGAUCUCAGCCAGUUCCGGAGCCAAUUCCUGCGAAUCAAAAUGCUGUUCCCCAAUGGUCUGGUCCUGAGCAAAGUCGAUGCCCACCGGACCGUGUGUGGAUCUGUCGAGGACAUCAUCAAUUACGCCCGGCGCGUCAACGAAGAAGAAAUGACCGAACUCAUGUUCAGUCGUGCUAUCGAAAUGCCCCUGACUUAUGAGGACGAAUCCGGAAAAACCGUAAAAACGGUCUGCAAGGACUUUAUCGAAUCACGUCCCACCAUGGUGUUAAAAAUGGAGCAACUUUCCGAGAUACAGCUGGAAGAAAUUCGCGAACAGGUUUACCUUCUGGCCAAGGCGUCCGGCGGUGCAAGCAGCAGUACCAGUUUAAGUACCACUUCCAGUGCAAAAGGGAAACGAGGCAGAAAGCGGAAGAAGCUUACCGCCGCGUCGAGCAAUAGCGAUGAAGAUGAUGACGACGAUGACGAUUGGAGACCCGAUCGAAAGCGACCGUCGUCGAAAGUUAGGGGCUUGGCGACACCCACCCCUCCCAUCAAAAAGGAGAAACCUGAAGAACCGGAAUUUUCUGAAUCGGACGAUGAGCUGUUGAUCACUUUUAAGAAAGAGUCUGCUUAGUUUUAUGUGAUACAAUAAUUUAGUACUACUACGUUCAGUAUGUAUUAUUAUUCAAGACUUCAGAACAUCACCAGAACGCAAAACACGCAUUCACUGACAAAGCAGAAUAAACAAGAAUAAGUAUUAUCAA